AUCUAGGUACAUUGUUUCUUCAGCUCAUUCUUGUUAAAUCAAAGGUUCUAUCAUGUAAAUUCUUAACCCAAUUCCUUUUUUUUUUUCCAGAAAUUUUCCACAUAACAAAGCAUCCAAAUUAAUGAAGAAAGGAUUCUGUGCUAGCAUUAAAAAUUUUCUUUCGAAUACUGCCUCCGGCGGAAACUCCAUCACGCCCGCCGCCACCGGUGUAGAUGUACGGGAGGAAUAUGCCAACGCCUUCAGGACAGAAUCAUACAAUCAGUUUUGGACACGUGUCCUCGCCAUAUCCCAUAAAAAUUCCGCCACGUGUAUAAGUCCGGCUGAGUCCACCGCCGCCGAUCGGCUUGCUUCAUACCGGCUUUUUGUGGAGCAUCUCUUGGAUCCGGAUCAACCCACGGUUUCCCGGAUGCUUUCCUUGACCCAACACCGACCCGCUGUACAUAAUCUUUUGUGGGAUUAUUUCUCCCAAACUGCAAAUGCUUCCAUCCUAUGUGGCUUAUUGCUAAAAGACGUAGACCGUACACGUGUUAGAUAUCAUGCUUUCAAGAAAUCCUUGCCGUUCCUUGAGAAUGUCGAAUUCUCAAAUGAAAAUACCAUACCGGGUAUCAUAACUCACCUGACCCAACUAUCCAAUGUUCGUAACCCGUUUUCAUUAUCCGACCCAUCUUCAUGCCGGCUUCAAUCCAUCCAAAUUAGCAGCUCCGAAUUACUCAAGCGCCUCGAGUCAAGCCGUGAUAAGUCUCGAGCCAAACUUCGAUUGAUAAAUAGACUACAACAUAGCUCAGGUAUAUUUCUAGUAGUCCUAACUACUUCGUUAACAGUGAUUGUUGCAUCCCAUGCCCUAGCAUUACUAGUAGCCACGCCGGGUCUCAUUAUGGCUUCCUUCGAAUUGGCUUCAAUGAAAAGGCUGGUUAGGGUAUCUGCUCAGCUUGACACAGCUGCUAAAGGGACUUAUAUAUUAAGCAGAGAUUUAGAAACUACAAGUCGACUUGUGGCUCGACUUAGUGAUGAGCUAGAACACAUGAGAGCCAUGGUGAGGUUUUGGCUUGAGCGUGGAGAGGAUAGACUCCAAACUAGCUCUGAAGUGGUGCGACAGCUGAAGAAGAGUGAUGCAAGCUUUAGCCAACAACUUGAUGAGUUGGAGGAGCAUUUGUAUCUGUGUUUCAUGAACAUCAAUAGAAUAAGAAACCUUGUUGUAAAAGAAAUGUCGAAUCUGGGUCAACUCUCUACCCAAGAUGCAAAUAUGAUAUCAAAAGGAUUAUAAUUAUUUUCUUCACAUUGGUUUUGCAAAAUAAAAAUUUGUUAUUGUUGAUUUGGAAACUCUUUAGUAACGUUAUUAUUUUUUAUUUUAUUUCUGACAAGCAAUGCACAGGCACAAUCAUACUCUUAGGUAGAUCUUCGCAAAUAAAGGGGAUAGAUUCCA